UGACAGGGUCGGUGUCGUGGUUACUUCCGGAUUCCCUGUGAAGCAGAGGGGCUGAAAAUGUUACUGCAGCGGCAGAGGCUCGGGAGUUGACGCUAGCAUACGGGACAGCAGCACGCAGACACACCGGCACCCUUGCAAACACUUCACACUAGUUUUGUCACUUAUGGGUUAUCGCAAAUCGGCUUUCAUUUUCUAGCCGCGGCGAUUUCGGCGUCUUUCACUUCCUAAGUCCAUGCAGCCUGAUUCUCAUCCCAUCCGCUUUCUUGGAUCUACACUGUCACAUCUCUCCCUCGGCUUGAUCGUGCUCUGAAUUGACAUAGAGUGACAUCUUGCAAGUGUUGGGACGCAGUGAGGACAAGUGCACACUCAGCCGGUGUGAGGUGUCUUAUAAGAUAACGCACGGCUUAACGGGACCUCGGCUGGACAUCUCCCGCUGGCAUCACCAGCAACAUGGACUGGCUAAUGGGGAAGUCCAAAACAAAGCCUAAUGGAAAGAAGCCUCCUGCUGAGGAGAAGAAGCACUAUCUGGAGCCGGAGUACACUAAAGUACGGGUGGUGGACUUUGACCUCAAAGACCUAGUGGUGUUGCCCAGAGAGAUAGAUCUUAAUGAAUGGCUGGCCAGCAACACAACAACAUUCUUCAAUCUCAUCAACCUGCAGUAUAGCACAAUCUCAGAGUUUUGCACUGGUGACACAUGUCAAGCCAUGACAGCGUGUAACACGAUAUACUACUGGUACGAUGAGAGAGGGAAGAAGAGCAAGUGUACAGCACCUCAGUAUGUCGACUUUGUCAUGAGUUUAGUACAGAAACUUGUGACGGAUGAUGAAAUCUUCCCAACAAAAUAUGGUAAAGAGUUCCCCAACUCAUUCGAGUCUCUGGUGAAGAAGAUCUGCCGGUACCUGUUCCAUGUGCUGGCACACAUCUACUGGGCGCACUUUAAGGAGACGGUGGCUUUAGAUCUACAUGGACACUUAAACACUCUGUAUGCACAUUUCAUCGUCUUUGUGAGGGAAUUCAAUCUGGUCGACACUAAAGAGACGUGCAUCAUGGACGACCUGUCAGAGGUGCUGUGCACUCCCCUGCCCUUCUCCCCCCAACAGAACCACGUGACUGAGAGAUGAGCCAUGAGACCCCAAGUGAGGAAGAGGAGGACGAGUUGAGAGUGCGGGCCCUCAGGAAGGCUGGGACUGCUCGCAGAACUCUCACACCCUUUGACUAUUUAACCACCAUAAGAACUAGUCAAAGGGGGAAAGAGGGGACGGCAGUGCCUCCCUUCAGCACGCACUAGUGGGGGGCCCACCUGCCUUCUUUGCAGUCUAAAUAAGAAAAAUUUUUUCUUGUUUUUUUUUUUGUUUGCUUUUAUGUUUUGUUUAUUUGUAUUUAUUUCUGCUCACAUUCUUGAAUGAUGUGAUGUUCUACAAGGGUUCUGCUUUGGCCCUUAAUGUCUGCUACAUGAGACUAAAGCGUAGUCCCCUGAUAUUAUACUGUUGUAAAGAAAUUUCUUGUACCCCAGUGCCCCCAUGUGGAGGGACGAAUUAUAAAAUGGUGCCAGCUGUACUGACCUUAAUACUUCAUGACUGGGACCUGGAUCCACAUUGUGACCAGUUCUUUGUUCAUGUACUUAUCCCUGUAUCCUCCUUCUCUUUUAUUCUCACAUUCUUGGAUCAGUUUCCUCCUGGUGUUUUUUGUUUGUUUGUUUGUUUGUGUUUUUAAGUUUUGAGAGGUCAUGCAAUAAUUAAACAGCAGAAAUGAAUGUCCAGCUUAAUGCUGUAGAAUGUUGCUAUCGGUGAGACUGUUGAUGUGCAUGUCGAUGGUACAGUCCAUUUCUGGCCUGCACAGAAAACCUCAACACAGAGUUCACCAUUAUUGUGGCAAUCGAUAUGCUGUAUCAUACAGAGGAUGCAUCCUCCAGGGUUUUUAUUUUUAUCUUCUUAUCUAUGCUAUCAGAGGUUAUUAAAAUUAUAUCAGCCUACACGUGUGUAGCACAUGCACAUUCUGCUUGCAUUUUUAUUAAAACAGAUUAUAACUAUAUAACGAAAUCGCAGGUGGGUUACGUCAAAAUAGCGCCUCCAUGGAGGGGAAUUUUUUUCCCCUUCAUUUUAUUUAUUUUGACUGUUUAUUUGCAGGGUUUUAAGUUCUGGCUUUCAUUUGAUGUAUUUUAAUGAUCUAAGUUAAAGCAAUUUAUUAUUUUAAGCUCUGCAAAUUAUAAUCUAAUAAAACAUGAAAAUGCCAACCUGA